AUGGCGUUUCAGUUUAAGAAACCGCUUCCACUUUUUCUGUUCAUCUUCUUCCUUCUACAUCCUUUUGUCUCGUCGGAAAGACCCAUUUCAGAACCGCAAGCUCCGGCCACGGUCUAUGAUCUCCUUCCUUUAUACGGUUUUCCAAAGGGUAUAAUUCCCAGCUCCGCCAAAUCCUACUCUCUUUCGUCGGACGGAAACUUCGAAAUCGAGUUCGUAGACUCGUCAUGUUACCUCAUGUUCAAGGACCAGCUCGUUUAUUAUGAGAAACAGGCAAGAGGGAAGCUUGAGUAUGGAUCAGUCACUGGUAUCUCAGGCAUUCUGACAAAGAAAUUGUUCUUGUGGGUUCCGAUCACCGGAAUAAGUUCCGAUGAUAAGACGGGAAUGCUUGAGUUUCAUGUCGGAGCUCUGUCGCAGAAGCUACCGGCUAAGCAGUUCUUGAGAAUACAAGAUUGUCAGAAGAGAAGAUUAGGUUAUGGUGAAUCUCAAGUUGUGUCAAAUAUUUGA